UUUUUAAGAGUAGUUUUGUGCCCUUGUGUCUCAAUUGGUAUCAGCCAUGCCCACAGCAGCUGAGCUUGUCCAAAAGGCAAAUGAGCUUCGCAAGAAUGGUUCUGCGGCAGCGGCACCUGUUCGUGAGGCUAAGCAACCUAGGACUCAGCUUCCUGCCGGCAAGGAGGACACCUUUGAGCGACUGCUGAGGUUUACUCUAUACCAACAGAAUCAAGUCGAGAAUCUCCAAUGCGGCGCCACAGUCGUCUACAUCUUGCACGACGCUACAUUGAAGACCAGCAUGAUGGACUCCAUGAAGCUCUGGGAAGACUCCCGACCAGUCGUCUCCCAGGAGGACCGUGUCAAGAAUAUUUGGCACCCCCAUCCGCUUGGUGACCGAAAAGUGUUCCUCCUCAUCUCCUUGUUGCAUGCCUGUGCUGACCUAGGGCCUCUCAAGGGCAGCCAUUUGGGUGCUUCCCUGAGCAAGAUGGCUUCCCUUGAUACCGAGCUCCUCUCUGUGUUUGUGGGCAAUUUCGCUCCGCGUUUUCCCACCCCACGAGAGGGGCGCCCGUGGGUGUUCGAAAUGGUGGUCGGUGCGCUGGCCACUGAUGAGUUCAGAAAGCAUCUCGGUGGUUUGAUCCAAGCGUCGGAGCAGAUGAAAGACAGGGUGAUUCGCAUCGAGUUGGCACGCAAAGGCCAAAGUGAGUUGAAGAAGGCGUUGUGGGACGACCUUCGGCACAUCCAGCAGUCCAGAGGGCAAUAGGUGGCCAACUUGGCCCUGCGUGACCCUUUUUGCCGAAUUUCCCCUUUUUGCUGCAGAGUUCAAGGGUCCUUCUGAUCUCUCAUGAGUGCAGAUCGGUGCACCACCGUUUCCUUGAGCUUUUUGCUUGGUUUUCAGGAACUUCGCUAUCGGAUGGAUGGCUUGCUCCCUUUUUGCUGCAUGACCUGGUUUUCGAAUUCAUCACAUUUUGCGACUUGAUCCUCAUCCCGUUGAACAUUCUCCUGCGGGGCAACCAGUUGAAGGUCGGCACCUUCAGCUGGCACGGCGAUGCAUGGCUCCUGGGCCCACAGGGGGCCGUUCUCAGUCUCGACAUUCGCACUUUUUGGGCCAUGCAUCCACGCUUUGUUUUCUACAUAGGUCACUGACAUACAGAGGAGCACACCUUGUGCUACUACAACCUCUUCCACGCAUGUUUUUCCAGGUGCCAUUAACAGUCGACGGUGCACAAAUUGAU